AUGCUCAUCGAUGAGCAAAGGUAUGGCGUCCUGAACAAGAUCCUUCUUGACCUUAGUAACGUGGACAAGCAGCUCGCUAGCAGAAUGGGCAUACCCCUCGAGAGCAUGUGGGCGGGAAUAAAGAAGCUCUUGAUUCAAGAUGUGCGGAAAACACAAGAAUCAGCGCGUGCAAACUGGGAAGGAGGACUAUUUCGAGAACUUCAUGAGGAUCUGACGAAGUUGAGCGUUGCCAAACGUGAGCUUGCGCCGCAUCCGGAUAUUGUUCCGAACAGCAUCAUUGAGGAAGCUCGGGCAAAAGUCGAAAAGAACAUCAAGGAUGUAGGCCUCGCGGCACUAGCCUGCCUAGAGAGGCAUUCUUCGCUUGCCUCGGCAAUGACACAGAUCUUCCAGUUUGGAUCGCAUCUCAUCCGCCUCGCUCACAUCUUUACCCACCUGAAGGACUUCAAGGUACAGGCAGAGACAGAGGUGACUCAUGCUUUGAAUGUUUGCCAAGACAAGCACUGGGGUGCCAGCUUCCUGAUCGAACUGGGCAUGAAGCUAAGUUUGGGUAAAGUUGGAGACCCCAAGACUGAUGCAACCGUGGCAAGAAUCAUUGCGAGCGAGUUCCCGCACUUCGAAAGCGUUCGCACAGCCGUCUUCAACCGCGAGACUCGUGUCACCCAGAGAGAUGUCGGUGAGACGCUGAAGGACAUUUGUUCUGUGGAUGUUGGCACAGACGGUCGCCGGAAAGACAGACCGGUGCCUAUCAAGAAGCUCCGCGAGGGGUUCGAGGAAUACAGCGCCGCGUUCGAUACUCAUUUGAAGGAUUGGAUUGCCGGUGAUCUCACGCCAGACCAGCUUGCAAAAACCAUCAUUGAACGUGCAGCCCGACUGCGUUCAAGCAGGCAUGGCAUCUGGUCACCCCAGAGCAAGAGCGAGUUUCCACAACUGCUUGCGGCAAUCUUCGUCCUGUAUGCCAUCCUCAAAUCGGGUGAUGCAUACGAGCGCAUGGAUGAUGCGGCUACGCGGAGGUCCAUUCGCGAUGUGGACAACGUUGAGUCUGCAACUCUGCAGGCUCAGGUGGGGCUUCGAGAAUUUGUUGCUGCUUUGUGCUUGCCGAUAUGGACAUUUUAUAGUUUGUAUAGUCAUUCUCGGUUGUUGGACCUCGUCAGGUUGCGUGGUUAA